AUGACAGAACAAACUCUGGAAGCCACGGUGGUUAAUAAUUCACCUGCUCCCACGAUUCCUAAAAUUAAACGAGAAAAACCAACUCCGGAAGAAAUUGAAGAACGAAGAAAAUUAAAGCAACUCGAAGUAGUUCCAGAAGGGUUUUCAAGAAAACAAUGGAAACGAGAAUUGAAAAAACAAAGAUGGCAAGAUACAAAACAAGAAUACCUUGAAGUUCAACGAGAAAAGAAACGACUUGCACGUCAAAGAAAACGGGAAAGAUUGAAGGAUCUUGAUGAAAAUGAUGAAUUACGUAAAGCUCAACCCAUCCCAUCUCGACAAAUAUCAACUAAUAAUGUAUCAGUUAUUAUUGAUUGCGAUUUCGAUGAAUUGAUGCAUGAAAAGGAGAUUGUUUCUCUUUCAAACCAAAUCAAAGCGUGUUAUUCAGCCAUGAGACAUUGUACAUAUAAACUCCCAAUACAAAUUACAUCGUUCAACAAACGACUCAAGCAGAGGUUUGAAGCACAAUUACAUGAUUACCAUCUUUGGCAAGGCAACAUAUCUUUUACUGAUCGAUCUUUGACCGAAUAUGUUACUGGUGCCCCUAAUUCUGAAUCAAAAGAUAAUGACGGUAACAGUAACAGUAACACCACUAAUUCAACAGACACGAUCAACACUGAAAAUUUGGUAUAUCUCACCGCUGAUACUGAUGAAGAAAUUACCAAAUUGGAACCAAAUCAUACAUAUAUUAUUGGUGGGAUAGUUGAUAAAAAUCGUCAUAAACAACUUUGUUAUAAUAAAGCCAAAGAAUUAGGUAUAAAAGUGGCAAGAUUACCAAUUGGUAAAUAUAUAGAGAUGAAUGGUAGACAUGUUUUAGUGACUAGUCAUGUUUAUGAAUUGCUUUGUAAAUGGUUUGAAAAUGAUGGUGACUGGGAAACAGCUUUCAAUAAAGUGUUGCCACCAAGAAAGAUCAAACUGAAAAGUCCUUCAUAA